GGGAUGUUGAUAACAACAGAAAACACGAACAAAUCAGAUGAUGAAAAAAUGUUUGAUGAAUUCAAAGCUAUGCAAGGCGAGUAUCACAAGCUAUAUUCGUCCUAUUUUUCAGGAAGAAAAAGACAUGAUGAUGUGAAUGAGAAGAACAUCUAUCAAUCAUCUAUAUUUAUGAUUGAUACGGUUUUGCAAUGCUGUUUGAACUUUAAAAAGUGUACUUCAUCGUAUUCCAGCAUACUCAAAAAAGCCAAGGCAUUUCUGGUUGCAUAUACAUGCGAGUUGGAAAAGUCAUUUGACCGAAAAAAAAAGGAAGAUGAGGGUGAAACUCAAAACAACAAGUGCAUCGUGUAUAAUAAACAGCCAGAGGUCAAGAGGAAAAUAAAUAUCACCCACAAUGGUAAGAGAAUAGAGAUGGAAAAUAUUUUCAACAAGUUCCAUCAGCGCAAUGAGCAAAAGGUUGAAGAAAAAGUUGUAGCGGAUAAAAGUCCGCUAAAUAGUCAAAAUACGAUGAAUUCAUCGGUCACAGAUUUGGAUGCAAGCAUUAAUAGCAUAUUAGGCGAAAAUUUUGCGAAGAAGAAGACAUUUGAGGUUGUAGAACCUGAGAUUGCGGGAGACAAACAAGAGUUUUUUGCACAGGAUAACAAUUUUACUGAUGAUAUUAAUGAUCAGAAUGAUUUAAAUGGGUUCAAAGGUGCAGAUGGUGAGCAUUUUGAAAAUAUAAUCGCCGGUAAAACUAAUGAUAUGAUAGAUUUGAGCGACGAAUUGUUCCAGAGUUUGGGAAUCGACUUCGCUGCUCCUGAAGGCAAUAAUGAUAACACCACAAUUCCCCUCAACAGAUUAUCGAACCAGAGAAAUAAAAAGCGCUACAAGUUUAAUACCAACAUAAACCAAAACAAGCGCAAAAAGAACGAUAAUAUUUCCAACUACGUUCGCCAACAACCGAAACAACAGCAUUAUAGCUUAUCGAAAAGUUUUUUUAAUAACUUACAUCACAAUAGAAGCCAAGACAGCCAGGUGGCUGCUAAUGUCGAUUUUCAAGGCACAAAUAUUCAAAAAAAUAUCGAAAAUAAUAUUUCCUUUGCUACUCGUAUUAAUAACUUAUGCGUGAAACAUAAGAUUUCGCAUCCAGAAUACAUAAUAGAACGUACCAACAACGUUUUUAUUUGUACAGCCGAGUUCUUUAGCCAAAAGUUUACCUCUCGAUAUUUCAAAACUAAGGAGGAGGCGAAAAACGAUGUUUGUCGGCUUAUUUGUGCUUUUUUAGAACCUGAAAAAAAUGACAUUGGAAAAUACUACGAAGAGUUCAUACUGGGUGGUAAAAGCAAUCAAUAAAUUGCUAGCUACAUUACUUAUCGAUAUUUUUAUUUUUCAUGUUUGUUCGAUUUUUCCGAAUGUUAUUGGCUUACAUGGUUUCUUUCUGUCGGCCCGUGUACACUCGUGGCUGUUUCUUUAAGAAUUAUUUGUCUUUGGAUGAUCACGAUGGGAUUGCCUGUUGAGUGCAUUUUACUUUAUGCUCGGUAUUUCAUUUAUUAGCACCUUAAAUGUGUUGCGAUGAUCAUUUGUG